UCAAGAAAAAAUUUAAUGACCUUGAAAUGUUAGAACAAGCAAGUGACGCAUGGAUUCCUUUUAAUAAAUCAAAAAAAAUAGGCGAAGAUGGAUUCUCAACAAUAUAUCUUGCCGAAUGGACAAAGUCAGAAGGUUCUUUUCCAGCAAAAAUGGAGAAACAACCAGAAUUAUUUAAUGUUAUGGAUUUUCACAAGAUCCAAAAUCUAACAAUUACCAUUGUAAUGCCAUAUGAGGACAAAAGUUCUUUAAGUGACAAUCUUGAUGAAGACCAAAAAUGGAAUAUAUGGAGUUUUGCUCCUGAAAUCUUAAAGCAAAAAUUGUAUACAAAGGCAGUAGAUAUCUACGCUUUUGGAGUCAUUAUGGCUGAAAUAUCAACUGGACGAAGACCUUUUGAUGA